CGGAACUGUUGAAGCUCGGUUCACAGUGAUUUAGUGUAUCAGCCUCCAGAUCUGUAUAUUUCCAACCAUUUUUACUGUAUUUCUGCAUCUAGGAGGUCAGCUUCCCAUGGUUUUACAAGCUUUCGUUCGGAAAUUCACAUCCAUAACCAGAGGUUCUUGAUAACACAAAUGGAAUAAUUCAGGACAGAUUGAUCUGGUUUGAGAAGAAAAGAAAUCCGAACUAUAGAGUGAAAAUUGGAAAAGCUAACUGCAUUAUUAUGCAUACAUAGAACAUAGUAUGGUGAGGGAGCACAGCAUUGAAUCAUUCUAUGCCAGGCUGCGCAAUGCUGCUUUGGCCUCAGCUUUUUCAACCCCUCUGUUAGUGUUUCCCUCAACUUCAGAUGUUGAUUCACUAUGUGCUCUAAAAAUAAUAAGCCGUGUUCUUGAAUCGGAUUCUGUUAGGUAUGCUUGUUAUCCUGUAUCUACUUUUAAAGAGAUCCAUAAGUACACAGGGGGUGAUCUAGGAGGUUCAACUUCCUGUCAGCCCAUUACUAUUUUACUGAUAAACUGGGGGUGCCAAAGGGAUCUCCGGAAGAUUCUUGACAUAAGUCCUUUGGCUCAAGUCUUUGUUGUAGACAGUCACAGGCCUAUCCAUUUGCACAACUUGAGCAAUGAGAAUGACAGGGUAAUUAUUCUAUACACUAGGGAUGACGAACAACAGACAGAUUUAUCAUAUGAUUUUGAUGUUUCUGCGUUGGCAAAUGCAAGUGAUCUAAACAGUGAUGAUGACUUUGAAGAUGAUUCUGAUAGUGAUGAUGAGAAUGAAAGCGAGAGCGAAGAGGAAGGUGAAGAGAUGGGAGGAACUCGGAAGAAGAGGAGAGUCUCUUCAGACAACGAAGGGGGUGGUGAUCCUGUAAAACUGUUCAGGAAACUAAAAAAGGAAUACUAUUAUAUGGGCACCUUCCAUGGGAAGCCAUCUGGAUGCCUGAUGUAUGAGCUCUCUCAUUUGUUAAGGAAAAACACAAAUGAACUGCUUUGGUUAGCUUGUGUAGCUUUGACCGAUCAGUUUGUUCACGAGAGGCUAACCGACGAAAGAUACCAAGCCGGAGUAAUGGAGCUCGAGCAACACAUCAACAGCUCUGGGAACUUAGACUCCACUGUUACCUCUGUCACUCUCAAGGACGGAACCAAGGUCUCCGCACCAGAAUCCUCAAGAAUCUCGUACGACGAUGAGCCAAGGCUAAUGCUGUUACAGGAAUGGAACCUGUUUGACUCGAUGCUUUGUUCUUCCUACAUUGCGACCAAGCUAAAGACAUGGAGUGACAACGGGAUCAAGAAAAUGCAACUCCUUUUGGGCCGGAUGGGCUUCGCCCGCGAUGAGUGCAAACAGAAGUUUGAAUACAUGAGCGUGGAGAUCAAGAGGAGGAUGAAGGACAUGUUUGUCCAGUACUUGCCCGAAUUCGGACUCACAGAUUUCUACUACCGCGGGUUCCUUCUGUUACAUGGCUACAGUUCAAAACUCUCCGCUGCUGACGUCGUGUAUGGUGUCACAGCCUUGCUAGAAGGUUCCAGCGCUUCUAGACAGUUUGGGGAGGCUUACGAUGCACUGUCACUAAACAACCUGGAGAAGCUGGAAACAGGGAUGAGGCAAGCCAUCAGAAUCCAAAGAGCAAUUCUCAGAGCAGGGAGUUCUGCAAUAACCAAGAAGGGAUCCAUACGCAGUGGCAGCAAGUUCAGAUGGGUCAAACUGGAGGACUCGGCUGACACAUUACUCUUGUGUCACCCACAAGCUUUGACCAAGCUGGGCUACUUCCUCAUGGACGCGUUGCGCGAGAAGGGAGCAAGGAUGAAGCCAUUGAUAUGCGUCUGCUACAAUCAAGAGCGCACCAAAGUGUUGAUUGUCGCGAUUUGUGGCAAGCCGCGGCUUGGGGCAGUCCAAGGGAAUGGGUUUGGGAUUGCCUUCAGGAGCGCUGCUGAGGAGACAGGAGCCGAGUUCUUCCAUGAACUCUUCGAAUCGUCGUGGAUACUGCUGGAUGCUGGUGCAGUGAACUCGUUUAUGAUACGGCUCACGGACAAGCUGUGGUGAUGGUUAGAGUGAAGAUAUGUGAUUUCUCCAUUGUAACUGUGUUUUUUUCUUAGUGGUAUUAAUUAUAUUCAUAGGCGCUGAACAUUUGUUUUUCUAACACUUUGCCCAUUUUUAGAGUUCUCCUUUUAUUAAAUAGUGGCUUAAAAG